CGUACGGUUUAUUUUAGUGCAUGCUCCCGCUCUGUGUGUGACACAACGGUAAAGGAAGUGUAACACAGGUUAUUUACAGGAGCUAUCUAAUCAACAGAAAUGAGUGAAGUAGAGAAAUCAGCGGAACAUUACCGGCAAAAGGCGGAGAAAGUAGCCGACACACUGCUACAAUAUUACAAGGACAGUGAGGGCUGGGAAGUAGCUAAAUCUACGACACACUUUAAGAUCUCCUUUAAGAAGUCCCCAGAAUUCUCUGGUUACUUAUACAAGGGGGAAGCAGUUUAUAAUGCUAAACCCAGAGUGGUCUUUGAUUAUGUGGAACCCUUACCAGAUGGACACCGUGCAAAAUGGGACAAAAACAUGAAGAAAAUAGAAAUCGUCAAACAGAUUGAUAAGGACCUUCGUGUGAACAGAGCAUGUACAAACAGCGCCUGCAUGGGACUUAUAUCACCGCGAGAUUUCGUAGACCUAAUUCUAAGCAAAGAAACAGAUGAAUACUUCUCAACCAAUGCGAUAAGUAUUGAACACAGUGAUUGUCCCGUGGACGAGGGUCAUGUAAGGGGAAAGAACCACAGCUGUGGUAUGAUUGUGUGUAAAUAUCCCAAUGAACCCAACAAGUGCAAGCUGAUAAGCCUGAUCCAGCCUGACAUCAAAGGAUUGGUUCCAGCUUCACUCAAGGACGCGGCCAUCCCUGGUUCUAUGAUUGAGUUCUUCAAUCAGCUGCGGGAUGCACUGAAGGACGACUGCGAGCUACACGAGGAAAAAUAAAGAGGAAUGGCUGAUCCAGGAAACAUUAGCAGUGGAAAUGUGAUAACAUAUUUAUUGACAUGUCCUCAUGGUGGUUUUAUUAAGACACAGAACCUAUGACUGGUGAAAUCAGUUAAUAGCUGUUUGUAUUAAUACAGUUGGAAUUUCAGUGAAAACUCUUUAAUUUCAGAGUUUUAUGGGAUCAUGUGUCUUGAUUAAAUCACAUCAUCAUACAGUGUAGAAUAUGUAUCUUUUGAUAUACAGUGAAAAAUUACUAUGUAUGGAGAAAUUCUCACCUAGAAAAAUAAUCACCUCGUAUCGGUAAAGUAUCCACUUUCAGUUAAGUUGUUUCUGCACAGGUAGCACUAGGUUUGGCAGUCUGAAUACCCUAGUAAUAAUGUGUGAUUGUUUUGUAUACUUCUCACAAAAGGCAAAAAUUGUGGCAAAACUAUAUAAACUUUAACUUUUCUUUUCAUGCAAUUUUCACCUAUUUCGUUGUAUAAAUGAAGUGAAAGAAAAACCAAGAGUAUGGUCCAUUUCACAAAAGUUAUUGUAAUGUGAAAAUCUGGAAAGUUGGUUCAGAAAGAAUAUGAUAAAACCAAAAGUAUGGUCCAUUUCACGAAAGUUGUUGUAAUGUGGAAAACUGGGGUGUUUGUCUACCAUGAAUAUGUUCUAAAUUCAGCACAGGAAAGAAAGAAUUGAUUUUGUUUUAAAGUUAAUGUACCUAAUUAAGCACAUCAGUGAAAGUGGUUAUGGGGCCAACACCAUGUGACUUGGUUCUCAACUAAACUGAGGAUAUCAUAAUGGCGAGACACAGGUCAAGGUCAUGGGUUGGUCUGAGAUUUAUUUACAGACAGCCUUAUUGUUUUCCAACUGUGAUAUCAUAGACACUGAAAACAAGGAAACAUUCAUUAGGAAAACAUAUCUAGGCCUAUAUUAUUAUUAUACUAGUUUUGGAUAACUUAAAUUUUAGCACACAUUGUCAAAUUUUAAUAGAUGAGCGCAUUAAUGAAUUGAUGUACCUACAUGGUCUACUAUAGGUACAAACUGAACACAAUCGUGAUUUAUCAGCACCUUGAGAUUCUAACUAUUGUGAUCAUGUAUCAAACAGUUUCAAACACCAACAAGAAAUAUGAUUUUGUGCUGAGAAAUUGUUUUGGGUCUGUAACUUCUAGACACUCAUUAAGGAUAAUGAUAAAUUUCUGCACAUUAAACAUCCAUCCUCAAGUCCCUAUGUUUAUUGAAGCUGUAAUUAGGUUUCAGGCCCCUGUGUUUGGAGCUAUUGCCAGUUUUUAUACCAUGGUCGGAAUCGCUCUUUGUUAAGGAAAUUACAUGUAAGAAAUGUACAUGUACACUCUUUAAACAUUGUGUAUUAAAGAAAAAUCUUGUUAAGAUUUAAUGCUUUUAUACCCUUACAUAUUAGAAAUAGAAUUCUUGAGAGUUUUAAUGAUCUUGUGGACCUAUAUUUGUAUAUUUAAUAUCUUAUUUUAUAACUCAAGAUCGUACGUAGUACGAUCUAGAUUUCAACUAUGUGGAUUAAAAUAUUGUUUAAUUGUUCUCGUGCAAUAUAUCAAUUUUGAUUUUAAUUAGUCCUCUAGAAUUACACCCACAUGUGGUGAAUGUUUUCUUCACUCUGAUGGAAGAAUAUGUUAGAGAAAUAUCUACUUGGUGUUAAAAUUGAGAGAUAUCUGUGUGUAUAUUUAAUAUACAUGUUUGAUAUUCCAAGCCGGUGAGAAACGACUACUAUAGUAAUAUAUUGAUGUAACAAAAUCAGAGCUAACAGCAUUACUCUUUAUAUGUAACUUAUUUACCUAACAAGCCAAAUUUAUAUUUUGUAGACUUUAUGAGGUUAGAUAUUUAUGUUAAUUUCAGAUUUUGUGUUAUUUUGAGCCUGGUAGGGUCUGAUAGUCCACCAAACAUGAAUAUUUUAUCAUAGUGAUGUUAAAAAGUGACGUAAGUCAGAGACCUAUAUAUGAUUGUUAUUGAUUUAGUUCUGUCUGUAUGGAGAUCUACUACUUGGGUAUUAUAACAUUGUAUAGGUAUUCUGUUCUUGUUUUAUCUGCCAUAACUAAAUCUUAAAAGUACCAGAUCUAACUGUAUGUACUAAAUCUACCUUUCAAUACAAACUAUCAUUUAAACUCUCAUCCAUACAAAAUGUCAUUCACACAAUAUCAACAUUUAGUGUUAAACACAUACCCCUGACGCUAGUGCAAUCCUUAAAAGGUACAGAAUCCAUUUUUGUGUUUGAUAUUCAUGAUGGCAGUUUUCAUUCUGUUUAUUUGUCUUUCAACGCUCUAGCCUUUCUGCUGUUUCCUGAUUCAAAGUAAAAUCAUUAUAGACAUCAAUCUCGAGAUCUACAGCAUCUUUAUCCUGGAAAUGUCACAUGAUUGGAAUGUCACAUGAUUCGUAGUUAUUCCAAUGUCACAUGAUUUGUAGUUAUUCCAAUGUCACAUGAAUCAUAGUUGUAUGUUAUCAUUGUCUGAUAUAUAGGAACUCUUUCUUAGUCACAUUUCUGUUGGAAUGUCAGUAUUUUCCGACAUUGGCACUGCUUUUAAUGGAAUGUCCCCAAUCUCAGGAGAAUAAACAACCAUAUGGUACAAAAUGUACUCUGCCGUAUAUUGUGGACUUGUAGGGACAGUAAACAUUACAAGUAUAUCUCCUUUUAGUGACGUCCCAUUCCCUGUGAUUCAGAGUUCAAAAUUAACUGUAGAUUCUUAUUGAAUUUUCUAAACAUGAUAAAUUAAUAUAACAAAGGCAGAAUUUUACAUAGAAAAAGGAUGAUAGCUAUUGGAUAGUGGUUAUUGAAAAAGGAUGAUAGCUAUUGGAUAGUGGUUAUUGAAAAAGGAUGAUAGCUAUUGGAUAGUGGUUAUAGGAAAAGGAUGAUAGCUAUUGGAUAGUGGUUAUUGAAAAGGGAUGAUAGCUAUUGGAUAGUGGUUAUAGAAAAAGGAUGAUAGCUAUUGGAUAGUGGUUAUUGAAAAAGGAUGAUAGCUAUUGGAUAGUGGUUAUAGGAAAAGGAUGAUAGCUAUUGGAUAGUGGUUAUUGAAAAGGGAUGAUAGCUAUUGGAUAGUGGUUAUAGAAAAAGGAUGAUAGCUAUUGGAUAGUGGUUAUAGAAAAGGGAUGAUAGCUAUUGGAUAGUGGUUAUAGAAAAAGGAUUAUAUGUGUUAUUGGAUAGUGGGAUAAAAAAAACAGGCUGGGUUAACCUGCUUCAAUAUUCACAAAAUGUUGGUUUUUUUUCUCACUUUUUUGGGAUGAUAUUAGGUUGUUUGUAAUAAAAGUAAAGUUAGCCAAAUAGCAAUUCUAUUAAUAUGAUCUAUUAUAUAAGGAUGAUAUAAUAUUCUACAUUGAGAUUAAUUACCGGUAUGUUAAAUAUAUUCAGUAUUAGAUGUUCAAUUUAAUGUUGUGUUGUGAUAUUUAAAAAGGAGUACGAUUUGAGCUUUGUUAUAUCCAGUGUAUGUUAUUCUAUGAUAGUACAGAAUUAACUGUUGUUUGACAAAAGUGACUUCAUUAACAGAUCAAAAGCUUAUUAUUUUUUAUAAAAGAGUAUAUACUGUUUUUAGAGCUAUUUUGAUGUCAGGUUUUCCUACAUUUUUUAUGCACUGCCAAAUCAAUGUUUCAAUAAGCUCAUUACUAUUAGGUUAAAGAUUUUCAUGUUUAUAAGCUUGUACAUAUUUAGGUUGGUCUCUUAACCAGCUAAAUCACAGGAUUGGCACAAAUUACCAACUCCAAGGGAAAAAAUAAUCAAUUAAAAAUAUACACAGGCCCUGGAGUUGGAGGUUUGUGACAAGUGCCUGUGUCACUGGAUACCCACGGUUGAUUAUGUGUGGGUCGACGUGACUAAAUCAGAUUUCCAUGUAGUAGAAGGGAGAUAACUCUUAUAUCCUAGAAAGUUGUGAACCAUACAGAUAAAUUUACCAUUGUGUUAUUGUGAAUCUUUUACAUCAAGUGACUGCAAUAGGCUUCAAAUCCAUCAACAGACAACCUUUCACCCUGCAUGCUAGACUGUCCUGUGCUUCAUCCACUUUUGUGAUGUUUACCUUUUGUUGUCGUAUUAAUAUUGAAUACAUUUGAAGAUGAAAUAUUGUAGGACGCGGUGGACUACGAUCAAAUAUUGCUAUUAUUGUACUCUUAUUUGAGCUGUUGUCAUAGAUACAAUCAGAUAAUCUUUGUUUUCUAUGUGUAGACAACUUAUAAAAGCCUUGGACAGACAGGAGAUCUAAUAAAUAUUGUAUUCUGUCUUC